AUGAAGUCCCAGAUUAUGCUGGCUCUUGCAACUGCUGCCUCGGCAGCAACGCUCGAGAAGAGAGAAACCUAUAGCGGUGUGGCUACUUUCAAUAACUACGCCGCGCAGGGCAAUAACGGGCAGAAUCCUAUUUCUGGAUACAGUGGGCCGGCAUGCCCGACUACGACCUGCGGUGAGUGUUUCAAGGUUUGCAACGCUGGCGGAUACGGAGGUGCUUCUGUUGGUGGAGUGGGCAAUUGCAUCACAGUGAAUGUGAUUGAUGCGUAA